AUGGCGCUGGGAGCGGAGGCGGCCGCGGCUCCCCUCGGCGCCUUCCUGCGGGACUUCCCCGCGCCGCUGGGCCCGGGGGAGCCGCCGCCGUGGGGCGCGGCGGGGAGCGGCGCCCUGAGCCAGGCCGAGGCGCCGGGGGCGCUGGCCGAGCUGGCGAGGAGCCUCCUGGGCGGCAGAGGUUUUUCACCAAUUCUUGCAGCAUCGUUGAUCCAUGCUGCAGUUGAUGAAGUUCUCCGAACAGACUUGACUGAAUUUAAGAAGCAAGGUGUGGAAACAGAGGGAGAAGGAGAUGAGGAAAGGUUCACCUUGCUGGAUGGAGAGUCACUGCAACGCUGCUUCUUUAACAAGCUUCGGGAUGUCUGCUUUGAAUGGCAGAAGCAGUUGCCACCACUGAGACCACUGAAGCGAUUCCUGCUUGUUUCCAUCCAUGCCAUCCGUAACAUUCGACGGAAAAUGGAGGACCGACAUGUUUUGCUCCCGGAGUUCAAUCAGCUCUUUGGUUUAUCAGAUGACAUUGAUCGUGCUUACUUUGCGGUAUUUGACGGCCAUGGUGGAGUGGAUGCUGCCAAUUAUUCAGCAACCCAUUUACAUGUAAAUGUUGGGCUACAUGAAGAGAUUGUUAAGAAUCCAGCAAAGGCCUUGAAAUGCUCUUUCCAGAAGACAGAUGAAAUGUUUCUUUUCAAAGCCAAAAGAGAGAGGCUGCGGAGUGGUACAACAGGUGUAUCUGCAUUGAUCGUAGGGAACAAGCUACACAUAGCAUGGCUAGGGGACUCGCAGGUAAUGCUUGUCCAGCAAGGAAAUGCCGUGACGUUAAUGGAACCUCACAAACCAGAGAGAGAAGAUGAGAGAGCACGUAUUGAGGCUCUGGGUGGCUGUGUAACCUAUAUGGACUGCUGGCGGGUUAAUGGUACUUUAGCUGUCUCCAGAGCAAUUGGUGAUGUGUGUCAGAAACCCUACAUCUCUGGUGAUGCAGAUGGAGAUUCAUUUGAGCUGACUGGUUCUGAAGAUUACUUGCUCCUAGCCUGUGAUGGAUUCUUUGAUGCUAUCAAGCCAUAUGAGUUGACUGAACAGACAGGCUGCAGCAUACCGCGUGGCUAACCAGCUUCUCAGCCAGUGUACCUCUUCAGUGUCUGCUCUAUAUAACAACUUCAGUCCUUUGCUUGUUUAGUGGUAAGUUAGACUUCUGUAACUACUCCUGCUGACAUAAAAAUGUGUCCUUAUCAGUAUUAAAAUAGUCUAAGAGCAGAACUGUUGCUUUAGGCAUAUUUCUUGCCACUGUGUUGGCUAAUGAACCUUGAAUAAAAGUGAGAAUGGCCAGUGACUUUGAAGUAAGAGCUGUUAGCCAAGUGUUGUAGAACUGUAGUCUUUAUUUAUUUUGUAUGUUAAUCUGCACUUGUGACUCUGAGCAGAAAAACUGUAACACAGCAGGUUUUAUAAGCUGUGGCUUAACCAGUUUCUAGUAUCUUAAAACUCUUUAUUUAAACUGACUGGUUCUGCUCACAGCUCAGAAACCUGUUGUCAUUGAUCAUUACAUGCUAUGCAUAUUGUAUGUUCAUUUACAUGGAUUGUUCUAAUAGUGCUUGUGUGUAUUAUCCUACAUUACCAUAUUUUAUAUAUAUAUAUAUAUAUGUAUGUAUGUAUGUAUUGCAUGCGGUUUAAUUUUUUUUGUAUUGUCACUUUUGUAUUCACACGGUGCCUCAUGUAUCUAUUUGCAUAUUGCAAGAAGUUGUUUCAAAGCAGUGACUGGAAACAAGUGGGGAUAAGAAUUCUUCACUGUAGGAUCUGAUGUUUCCGAAGUAUUAAUAAAGCAU